UGGUUACUAUGGAGAGAAGUAAACACACACAGACGCUACACUGUGCCGCUGCCGCUUAACAAACUACUUGUAAGGUUAUUGUUUAACAUUAAAGGAAAUGCCUCAGAAUUCAUUGGUAAAAAUACGAUAUGGUCCAUACGAGUCCUGUGGUAUCGUCGAGCACAGGACAUUUCGCCUGGACGGUUUACAAGCGACUCUAAAAGCAGACGGUCACCAGUGUGUCCUCGAGAAAACCGAUGACUGGAAUACAGUAAUGCUUAUUGUCAAUGGAGAGUGCGUCUACGUGUGCAACAUUACUGACCUUGAGUUUGGAGGUGAUGGAAGACUUGAUCCGAUGUGCCAGCAGGCCAUUGACGCAGUGAGAAACGCAUACUGAUCAUCAGGACUAAGUUUAAAAUCUAGUGAUUCUUACCUAGUCAGCUUUUUAGUGCCUGUGCAUUCCGUACGAGCUGACUACUACAGCUAAAUGACAAAUAUCUAUGUGGACAUUUGGUGUAAUGCAUUAUUGCUAAUCAAAAUCAAUAGACUUGAAUAAAAUGUAUGAUGUAGUGUUUCUGUUCUCUUCAGAGAAUUAAUUAAAUGACUAAAAUAUUAUA